AUGACCAUCAACUAUUUCACAGCCUUGAGAACAGUACUAGUUGCAGUAUUAGUUGUUGCAGACAAUUUGGUUGUCUCGUUUGAAGGUACUGACAACGCAUUCAACUCAGACUCAGUGACCAUAAAUAGCAGUUUGUUAACAGAAGGGAGAACUUAUGAUAUUGGCUUAGAGCUGAGCGUAUUGUUAUACCAAGAUAACUUCAUAUUGUUCGACAGUGACAACCAAGAUAGGACCAGCAAUUCACUGAAUAAUACAAACAAUUAUACCGAGCUAGAUGCUAGAGACAGUGUCGCAGACAGUAUAGCGUACUCUGACCUAAUUUUACAUCAAUCGAAUAACACUUUGGGAACUACUGGUACAGAAAACCCAGACAACGACACUAUUACAAGUUUACUACCCAGCUCGAAAGUUGAUCACGAAGUAAAUGGCUUACACAUCACAGAAAGAAUUAGCAACAUAGCCUCUAGUUAUAGUAAUCUUGUCGUUGGCUCAGUGGCAGGUGCGACUUCAGCAGCACUCAGUAUCUACCAGUUGAUGAAGAAAGAGUUUAAAAACUGUGCUACUUACUCAAUCAUGAUAGAAGACACACAUUACCAAGUAUCUACCUGUACGACAGGAAAGCACUGUGACACACAGGCAUCUCAAAAACACAUAGAGAAGGCUAUUGAAUAUUCACUAAAUUCUGCAUUUUUAAGAAGAUCUUAUAGAGGCUCAUUUAAACUUGAUAAUGGCGGAACGUGGCACACAUGCGUCGAAUAUUAUCAUGAAAAGCACAGAGACCUCACAUUCCCAGGUUGUCCUAAAGAUUGGUGCGGUAAGGGUAAAGACUAA